UGCAAGUUAGUAGGCACGUGUUCGAUUCGUCUUCUUCUGCUGCUCGCUGUGACUUUAGAAAUUAGGGUUUUGAAAAUACUGAUAAUUAACACUGCCGUCGAGAACGAGCGAGAGAGAGAUACAGAGAGGACCAGGAACAGGAAGACAAACGCCAUGGCAAGGAUCAAGGUUCACGAGCUGAGACAGAAGUCCAAGGCAGAGCUGUUGGCCCAGUUGAAGGAUCUCAAAGCAGAACUUUCUCUCCUCCGCGUCGCCAAGGUCACCGGUGGUGCCCCCAACAAGCUCUCCAAGAUAAAGGUGGUGAGGUUGUCAAUAGCGCAAGUGUUGACGGUGAUCUCACAGAAGCAGAAAUCGGUUCUGAGGGAGGCCUACAAGAACAAGAAGUACCUUCCCCUUGAUCUUCGUCCCAAGAAGACCAGAGCCAUUCGGAGACGCCUCACCAAGCACCAGGCAUCAUUGAAGACAGAAAGGGAGAAAAAGAAGGAGAUGUACUUUCCAAUGAGGAAGUAUGCCAUCAAGGUUUAGGUUUUUAAUUUGCCUUUGAAUGCAACUUUUGUCUUUCUACAUUAUACGCUGAGGAUAUUUAAAUCUUUCUCCUAUUUAAUUAUUUUUGUUUCCUGUUUGGCCGAAUUUAUUAUGAACGAGAGCUUAGAUAUGAUGUUUUUGUUUUUGUUAAUUUUCUCGCAGUAUUAUUCUCUACUUCGCCAGUUUAA